AUGUACAAUAAAAACUUUUUAGAGUUAUGUUAUGCCUGCCGUAUAGGGGAUGUAGAGAAUGCGGAUCGAUUAAUAAGUACGGGUGUGAACAUCAAUACGGUGGAUGAAUUUGACAACUCCCCAUUAUUCCUCGCUAGUCUAUGUGGACAUAAGGAAAUGGUACAGUUAUUAUUAGAGAGGGGUGCCAUUUGUGAUAGAGAUAGAUAUGAGGGUGCCCGUUGCAUUUACGGUGCUUUGACUGAUUCCAUUAGGGAUAUUUUGUUAGCUUACGAUGUUUCUAAGGCAGUGGAUGUAAAUCAGCCAUUUGCUACACAUAUUUCAUCGUUAUUUAAGGAUGAGAAUGUGGUGGUGGAUACUAAAGAUAUUGAGUUUACCUCGGAGGGCUGGCCAACCCCGAUUAGGGCGAAUCGAUUUUUGCUAUUUGCUCGUAGUGAAUAUUUAAGUAGGCGAUUGAAGAACGAAUGGGUUGAUGAUGACGAGGUGAUAGUAGCUGAUGGUAUGAGUCGUGAUGUUUUUGAAGUGUUGAUGAAAUAUAUAUAUUUGAUCCCCGUAUUGCAUGAGAUUAAUCCGAAUAAUUACAAUGCACUAAUUGAUAAUGCGAGAAUAUUUGAUCUUCCCAUCUUGGCUAGCUUUUUAGAGAAAGUGAAACACAUGACGGAUCCUACCGAGAAGUCCACAUUAAUGACGAAAUAUCAGUAUAAAUUCACCGAGGCAGCAAGGAAGAAACUGCGAAUCUUUGUACAGGCUCAUAUCUUGGCUAAAUGUGAGACUGUGAAUACUGAAUCUGAAGACAUUGAAAAUCUAUACGAUAUCAUGUUACAAGUUAGCAACGGUCAGACACGAAGAACAUACCCAUGUCAUUUAGUGAUGUUAAUGCGAGCUGAAUAUUUUAAGAAGAUGUUUACAGAUUCAUUUCAAGAGCGACUCAUAUACGAGCAGAGAGGGAAGGGCAAGGGGAGCAUAUUGGUCACUACGUUACCGAAUUGUCAAUUUGAGACGGUGGAAUUACUGAUACGAUACUUGUACUAUGAUAAUUCCGACAUAUCGUGGGAGAAUGCGGUGGAAGUGCUUCGAUUAGCGGAUUAUUUAUUAGAGGAUCGUUUGAAGGCGAUGGCUGCGACUACGAUCAUCCAAUCUGAAGAGUUUUUACAACAUUAUUCGAUAUUUGAUGUGUUAUAUAUUGGUUGGGAGACGCGAAUGGAAAAACUGGAACAAUAUGCGGCGAAGAUCAUUGCUCAGGACAUUUCACAAUAUGCGGCAGACACGGAGUUGAAGAGGGCCAUCAAGAAGAGUUCCGAGAGGAUCUCUACGCGUCAAGAGAAGGACACUGUGGAGUUGGUGGAUGACAUUAAGUACUACUUGCUAGAGAAAUACGCGCUGGAACCAGACGAUGUGGAGUUCUAUCUGGAGGAAACAGACCCUGUCACCCUGGCUAAUUCUGGGGUUCUGGAGUACCAACGGGAGUUGAACCUGUUUGAUGGUAUCCUGGAGGAACUACAAUUGAAGACUCAACGUUAG